ACGUUCCACCUCCUCUUCAGUUCGCGUCGGUGAUGUAGCAGAGAGGAAGGCUUAUCUCCAAGACCAAGAGGAUGAGAUCAGUUUGCAGACUGCCCGUCCCGAGUCCCGACCAGGCAUGGCUGCGUUUGAAUAAGUUAGCUUUUAAGGACACAUAAAGGGGUUGCCUACGUUGGGAUUAUUUUUUACUGUCUACAUUUGCAAGAAGCUAUUUAAAAUGGUUUUGCGCACGGUAUUUCGCGCGGUCAUAAUGGGACCACCAGGCUCCGGGAAAGGCACAGUAUCCGACCGGAUAACUAAAAGUUUUGGACUAAAGCAUCUCUCGAGCGGGGAUGUUCUGAGGGCGAACAUCGAAGCAAAAACAGAGUUGGGCCUUCUCAUGAAGUCCUGCAUCGACCAGGGUCAGUUAGUGCCUGAUGACGUCAUUUCCCGCCUCAUCUUAUCAAACCUGCGCAGCAUGGAGCAAAGCAGCUGGCUGCUAGAUGGCUUCCCUCGGACAGUGGCCCAGGCGGAGUCGCUGGAUGGCGUGUGUAGCGUGGACACUGUCAUCAACCUGAACGUGCCUUUCGACACCAUCAAGGAGCGCCUCACGUCCCGCUGGGUGCACCUCGGCAGCGGCCGCGUCUACAACACCCACUUCAACCCCCCCAAGGUCCCGGGCAUUGAUGAUGUCACAGGGGAGGCCCUGACGCAGAGAGAAGACGACACACCUUACACCGUCACCAGAAGACUGAAAGCCUACGAGCAUCAGACGCAACCUGUGCUCGAGUACUACAGGAGUAAAGGAGUCCUGGAGACAUUCUCAGGGACUGAAACCAACAAGAUCUGGCCACACGUGCAGGCUUUCCUCGCCAGGAAAAUCCCCUCCUCCUCCACCACCUCGGGAGGACAGGCAGCUGUGGGGAAGGCCUAGCCCCAGCCGGACUCCUCCGGUUCAGGCCGCCAGCGACGCCGGCUCGGAGUAAACACCGUAAUCAAAAGGAAACGCUGCAUCAGGGCGACUGUGAGGUGGCAGGAGCUGCUCUCUCUCUCUGGUGACCUCGGAUUGGAUGUAAGGUUGAGAUUGUGUAGGUUCUUCUCUGAACGCGCUGACCAUGCAGCAAUAAAGCUCAAAGUAAUAUGGCAAAAAAACAAACAAAAAAAAACAGACAUUUUGGCCACAGGCAGUUAAGCCAUUUGUUUAAAUCAUGCUACAAUAAAUAAUACUCGUCAGUGCUUGUUCAGAAAAUGCAGACUUAAUUUAAACUACAUUGUACCUCAUAGUUUUAUUCUUAAUAGUAGUGACUUAAGUGCAUCGCCUCUGUCUGCACAUUGAGAAUGAACCGUGCUGCAGAUAUUGGCAAAGGGUCCAUCUCCCAGACAGACUAGCCUCUUGAGUCCUCUAGGUUGAAUAGUGUGUGGCCUUUUGCCACGCAAACACACACUUACCCUCUCUACUCGGGAGUGUUCUGCCGGCUGUAGUUCCCCACAAGCCCUCUGGAGGAAAGGAUCCAAUCCAGAGCAGAUUAAUCACUGCCUUUACAGCCACGGUGCCUGGGCUGGGACUACGGGAGAGCAGAGAGGGGUUACAGAAUAGUGGCCCAAACCUCUCCGCGUGGAGCAACAGUGCAAGUGAAGAUAAUUUGGUAAAUUUAAAACAAAACGUAUUGAAUGACCUGUGAUGGUGGAGAGAAGACAUUAGGUAGGCUACCCAUUGGACCAGGGGACUUGGACCACAUGUGUAUGUGUGUGUGUGUUUUUUUUAAUUAUAGGAACCACUUUUAUUUUGUUUGUGGCAGAGAUAAUUUAAUAGUAUUUUCAAUUGUGAAUCACUCUCGUCUUAAAGUAGGAAAAUUGUAGCAAAAACAUUUGAAUUGCUAUGCUGCUCACUUGUAUGCUAUGCUAACAAAUCUGUUCCUGAGUGCAAUGUUUCUGCCUUACCAUCCAUAGCCUCUAGUAUCAGUAUUUCUAACCGCAAUUUAGCAGUGUUUAAAAUACUGUGUUGGGUGGGACUCAUAAAUUGAUGAGUGUUAUUGGUAGAUGAUCAAGAACAGUUUAUAAUCACAAUCAUGGUAUUCAAUUGCUAUAUAGUACUUGAAUUGUCUAAAUAAUGGUUUUAUCUUGAAAUGAUUCUUAGAUAUGCAAAGUCAGUAUUGCACACAAAAUGCCUUGUGAUUUUUUUGUCUUAACCUAAUUUUCUAUCAUUCUUAUUUUGUUCAAAUAAGAUUAAUGUUAGUGAAUGUGGACAAUCGGGCUAGAGGACCACUGCAGCAUGAUCUGUCUGUGCUGUUGUCCAUUGGCUUGAGAAUAACAGGGUAUUUUCAGUCUUUUUGGCAUGGAUCACCUGUAUAGUUGUCACACAACGUUUGAUUAAAAAUAAUGAAGUGGUCUGCAAUAUGAGAAGGGAUCGGGCUUUAUAAAGAAUGUAAUACUAUAUAGUUUAGAAAGGGAUCAAAUUGUUUGUACUUAAGUGCAGAUUCAUAAUGAGAAAAUCUGUUUGUGAAAUAACCUUUCUUCUGUCUACUUCUGUCUUCGUGCCCUGUGCUUUUCCAGAAAGUGUCAAGGUCACAUUAUGAUUGCUAAAAGUCAUAGAGAUCUUUAUAUAUUUCAAUGUAAAAUGUGACACUCUAUUAAAAGGCAUUUUAGAAUAUAUUUUAUUUUCAAUAAAUACUUGUUAGAAAAAUGAA